AUGGACGUACUUAACCCAAUGACCUACGAUGCCGAAGAAGAUCAAUUACGUGAUCGUACAAAAUAUAGUCAAAUGGACAAACAUCUUAUACCGGUAGAGUUUCAACAACAACCUGUAUCCACUGGUACAACCAUCGUCGCUGUGGAAUAUGAUGGAGGUGUCAUCAUCGGUGCUGAUACACGUACUUCAUCGGGAACAUUCGUUAUGAAUCGAUUCACGGAUAAAUUAACACAAUUAACUGACCGAAUCUUCUGUCUUCGAUCGGGCAGUGCUGCUGAUACGCAAGCCAUCGCUCAGGUUGUUACUUAUCAACUUGAUUUUCUUUCAGCAGAAAUGAACGAGCCCCCACUUGUGCGCAUUGCUGCCAAUUGCGUUCGUCGUAUGAUCUAUCAAUAUCGUGAUGACUUUCUUGCCGGUAUGAUUGUUGCUGGAUGGGAUAAAAAAUUAGGUGGACAGGUAUACUCAUGUCCCCUCGGUGGCUUACUUGUUCGACAGCCAGUUACACUCGGUGGUUCAGGUAGUACCUAUAUUUGGGGCUAUCUCGACAACAACUAUCGUCCAAAUAUGACCCAACAAGAAUGUUAUGAUUUUGUAUUGAAAGGUAUAACCUUAGCCAUCACUCGGGACGGUUCAAGCGGCGGUUGCGCUCGUAUUGCCAUCAUCAACAAAGACGGUGUUGAACGUAUCGAUGUCCUUGGAAAUGAUUUACCAAAAGUUUUCGAUCUUUAA